AUGGUUCGCGAUCUCGCGCGCUUUUUCGCCACUGGAGUGCAGGAGAGUUCAAUGAUUUUAAGAAGAAGAAUCCCAGUACCCGACACAAAGAUAAUCGGUGGUUCCACUGCACCUGACGGUGGUAUACCUUACCAAGUCUCACUACGUCAUGACGAAAUAUCCCACUUCUGUGGCGCUACUCUUCUCGCCAAAAGGUGGAUUUUAACUGCAGCCCACUGUGGAGUGGCGUAUCCCAAAGAAGUGGUAACAGCUGUAGUUGGAACCAACAGCCUGGUGAAGGGUGGAGAUAAGUAUAAAGUAGAAGAUAUAAUCAUCCAUGAAAAAUAUAAUGCAACAGCCAUCACUAACGACAUCUCCCUUGUUAAAGCUGCUGAGUAUAUCAAAUUUAGCGAACGCGUUCAACCAAUUAAUCUUCCAAAUAGGGCACCAAGACCUGGGGAUAAUAUCCUCGUUAGUGGAUGGGGCAAGGAAUCGGAGGGUGACGAGCCGAUACCAGCUAAUCUACAGAUUGUGAAUCAAACUGUGAUAGCAAUCGAUACUUGCAAGAUUAUCUUUACGGGGAUAAAUACUGUAUAUGAUACGGAAUUGUGUACGCUCACAGUAAGCGGCAGUGGAGCCUGUCAGGGCGACUCCGGUGGACCGCUCGUUCUAAACAACCAGAUUGUCGGAGUAGUCUCCUGGGGCGUAGCUUGUGACCUUUGGUAUCCCGACGUCAGCACUAAUGUAUUCUACUACCGCAAAUGGAUAGAAAAUUAUCUCAACUAUUAG